GAUUAAGUUGAGGAAGAGAUUCUGUAGUUCGCCACUCCGGGUGCCGAGGUUACAAGCUGGUCCAAGUAAAAGUUGAGUAUGGUUGGACAGCCUUCGGUUCCAACCGACAUUCAUAAAUAUGGAUGGCCGUCGUCAGGGGCCACGCUCAACCGAGGAACAGGUAAUCGGACUGUCUUGAUUUCUUAAAGAGAGAGUUCAGCUUGCUCCACAAAAAAAAAAAGAAAAAGGAAAAGGAAACGAAGCAUCCUCAACAAUGAGAAGACACAGCCACAGUCAAGACAAUCUACCACCACCACCACCAACACACAACCAAGAACAACAACAACAACAACAUCAGCAACACCACAUCUCAUUCUCAUCCACACACAGAAGAUCCUCCUCAGCAAGCACCACCACCACCUCCAUCGACUCACUCAAGACCAACAACAAGCCCAUCCCCGUCGGCGUCCAUUCACCGUUACUGCAAUCGGAUCAGGAAGAGGAAGAGGAGGAAGAGGAGGAAAAGGAGGAGGAGGAGGAGGACUCAUUGUAUGUCCGACGGACACGGUCGAGCGAAGCCCAUCGACCACGACCACCCGCCCGAAAACACCACCAUCAUCUGUCCACGGUCCCCGUCUUCUCAGUCACCACCCUCGUCCUCCAAACCCUCCCCUCCCUCAUCCUCUCCGUCCUCGGUGGCUGUCUCACUGGCCUCCUCCUCCAUCAUGUCCAGGACUGGGACGCCUUCAUCAGGGUCCCCGAACUCUAUAUCCUGCUCCCUGUCCUUAUGAAUCUCAAAGGAAACCUCGAGAUGAAUCUGGCUGCUCGACUCAGUACUAGCGCGAACAUGGGCGACCUAGAUACCCCGAAAGGACGGCGCUCAUUAGUAGCGGGGAACCUGACGCUACUACAAGUGCAAGCGCUUCUGGUGUCGUUUGUAGCCUCGCUGGUCUCGUUUGUCUUAGGGCUGAUGUCGCGGGAGGAUCUGGCGACGAUCCGGGGACUGACGCAUGCCAAGCCGUUGGGCAGUCUGGUCCAAUCCACCCUGGCCGCCCAUUGGAACUCCCCGCUCCAUCGCCCCGACGGCGGAUACGCAGAGUGUCUCCUCGUCCUCGCCGCCGGAAUGCUCGCCGCUUCCGUUAACUCCUUGCUCCUUGGCGCACUCGUCUCUGGGUUGGUCAUCGCUUGUAGAAUCCUCAAAAUCAAUCCUGACAAUAUCACGACGCCUAUUGCGUCCUCGUUAGGCGACCUAAUGACGCUAGUCUUCCUGAGUCUCGCCGCGAGCGUGUUUAUACGAUACGUGGACACGGCGAUCUCGACUGUGAUUUUUGUAGCGCUAGCCUGUUCGGUGGGAAUGCAUGGCUAUGCGACCCUGCGGAACGAGUAUGUGCAGGGCUAUCUGGGUGUGGGCUGGACGCCUUUGUUUGUGGCGAUGGCGAUCUCGACCUGUUCGGGCCUGCUGCUCGAGAAAGUCGUCGUCCGACUGGACGGCUUCGCCGCCGUCGCCCCCGUGCUCACCGGGAUCUGCGGCAACAUCGGGACGAUCUCCGUCUCCCGGAUCUCUACCGCCCUUCAUGCCGCUCGAAACGCUUCCUCUAUCCCUCCGCCCUUCGAUCCUCCUUCCUUGGAACUCAAACCUCACAACGGAUUCCUCAAACUUAAUCACAAUGAUGAUCAUGCUCAUCAACUCGAUCUCGAACUGGAUGACGAGCUCAACGAUGACGACGAGGAUCAGGACGAUCAGGAUCGUUUACCCUCGCAUGUCUUCCAUGAACCCGCUCGGAAAGUCGGCAUCGUCCUCUUGGUCCUCAGCUCGCUCAUUCUCGGGGCGUUUGGGCUGAUUCAUAUGGGCCAUGGAAGCCCGGAAUCAGGCUUCGAUUUCACGUUCUUUAUCGGCUUCAUGAUCUGUGUGAUAUGGACAAGUGUAAUUUCAUUGGUAGCAGCGUACCAUCUGACCCAUUUGCUGUGGAAAUUCAACCUGGAUCCGGACAUCUAUGCGAUCCCUUUGCUCUCCUCUUCGAUCGACUGGGUCGGCCAAGCCUCCCUCGUCCUCGCCUUCUUCCUCUUCAAACAUUAAUCUCUUCCCCCCCCCCCCCCCUCGUUCCCCAUGUUCGUCUUUUUUU